AUGAGCUCUCGUACAGACGUGAAGGUUCCGCUGAACAGUUGCAAUAAGAUUUUCAUUCAACGAGAUUACUCGAAAGGACUCGGUGUGCAGUUUGANCACUUUGAACAUCUGUUGUCUUCUGUUCAUAUAACUGAAGAAGAAUGGGCACACACAAUAACCACUCUUAACGGCUAUUACAGUAAAGCCGAAGAGGUGUGUUGUGCGUCGGUGAUGGAAACAUUAAUAGGAUGCUUAUCGUGUUAUAUAUCUCGGCUUAUCACUAAGACCCAGUACGAAAAGCAGUUGAUCGCAAUUAGUACAUUUCUGAAUGAGCAAAAUGAAAAUGUCUACGUCCCUGCCGGUUUUCACCUGACUGAUCCAAUUGAACGUGGAUUGAGAGUGUUCGAGAUCAGUAUUAUAAGAACGUCACCCGUAUUGCAACGAACUGAUUUAACAAAUAAUUGUGAUCUGAUAUUCGAUAAAGCAAAUUGA